UAUUUCGUUUUGAUCUUCAAAUGUGUAGCCCGGUAAAUUUUGUGUUGACUAAUUCGCACACUCGCAAAAAUCAGCUGGAAGGAUGGCGGGAAAUCGACCCGUCGAUCAUUGUGAUUACCCUACCCCUACCCGUCCAUGCUUCUCAGAAUCAGAAUUCCCGCGGACGUUACCUUUGUAAUUUCGUGUGACAAUAAUCAUUAAAUUUUACUGCCAAAAUGUCGAGCCCGAAGAUUGUUAGUGCCGUCAAGGAGUCCAUCAUUCCAAAGGGAAGGCUGUACGUCAAGAAACGAGGAGGCCGCAUCGAGGAUGUGCACUUCGAUAAAAUCACGUCUCGGAUUUCGAAACUAUGCUAUGGUCUCAACUCAGAAUUCGUCGAUCCGAUUGAGAUCACAAUGAAGGUGAUCAAUGGACUUUACCCUGGCGUUACGACUGUGGAGUUGGAUAAUCUGGCCGCGGAAACAGCAGCCACGAUGACAACUCGCCAUCCCGAUUAUGCUGUCCUAGCUGCCCGAAUCGCUGUCUCCAAUCUCCAUAAAGAAACCAAAAAAACAUUCAGUGAUGUGGUUGAAGAUUUGUAUAACAUGAUAAGUGAAGUAACCAAAAAACCAACACCAAUGAUCUCAGAUUUCCAUUACCAAAUAGUCAAGAAAAAUGCAGAUCGACUCAACUCUGCAAUCAUCUAUGAUAGAGAUUUCAGCUACAAUUAUUUUGGCUUCAAAACCUUGGAGCGCUCUUACUUGCUUCGUAUUAAUGGGAAAAUUGUAGAGCGCCCGCAACACAUGCUAAUGCGCGUAGCUGUCGGAAUUCAUGGUGAGAAUAUUGAAGACGCUAUCGAGACUUACAACUUGUUAUCGGAAAAGUAUUUCACACAUGCCUCACCCACUUUGUUCUCAGCAGCUACACCAAGACCUCAACUAUCAAGCUGCUUUUUGCUCGCCAUGAGGAGAGACAGUAUCGAAGGGAUCUACGACACUCUGAAGCAAAGUGCUCUUAUUUCAAAGUCUGCCGGAGGAAUCGGAAUCCAUAUUCACUGCAUCAGAGCCACUGGCAGUUACAUUGCAGGAACAAAUGGAACUUCCAAUGGAAUAGUACCCAUGCUUCGAGUUUUCAACAACACAGCCCGAUAUGUUGAUCAAGGCGGUAACAAGCGUCCUGGAGCUUUUGCAAUUUAUCUGGAACCUUGGCAUGCGGAUAUUUUUGAAUUUUUAGACUUGAAGAAAAACACAGGAAAAGAAGAAGUGCGAGCACGUGAUCUCUUUUACGCCCUUUGGAUUCCUGAUGAAUUCAUGAAGAGAGUUGAACAGAAUGGAGUGUGGAGUCUCAUGUGUCCGAACGACUGUCCUGGAUUGUCAGAUUGCUGGGGAGAAGAGUUCGUAAAACUUUACACUAGGUAUGAAAAAGAGGGUCGUUACCUUCGACAAGUGAAAGCCCAGCAGUUGUGGUUUGCCAUUCUGGAUUCGCAAGUAGAAACAGGUGUACCAUAUAUGCUCUACAAGGAUGCCUGUAACAGCAAGUCAAAUCAACAAAAUCUAGGAACCAUCAAGUGUAGCAACUUGUGUACUGAAAUUAUAGAAUACACGGCUGAAGAUGAAAUCGCUGUAUGUAAUUUGGCCUCAAUUGCUGUAAAUAUGUUUGUCAAUCCUGAUAGGACUUAUGAUUUCAAGAAAUUGAAGGAGGUGACCAAAACUGUCACCAAAAAUCUAAACAAGAUCAUCGAUAUCAACUACUAUCCUGUACCUGAGGCUCGCAAUUCAAACAUGCGCCACCGUCCCAUUGGCAUUGGAAUCCAAGGGUUGGCCGAUCUUUUCCUUCUCAUGCGUCUGCCUUUUGACAGUGAAGAGUCGCAGAAGAUGAACAUCCAACUAUUCGAAACAAUUUACUAUGGUGCCUUGGAAGCUAGCGUUGAAUUAGCUGAAAUGAAUGGACCAUACUCGACCUAUGAAGGAUCUCCUGUCAGCAAGGGGAUUUUGCAGUACGAUAUGUGGAAUGUUACCCCAACAGAUUUGUGGGACUGGGCUGCGCUAAAACAAAAAAUUGCCAAACAUGGAGUGCGUAACUCCCUCCUUCUAGCACCCAUGCCAACAGCUUCAACUGCUCAGAUCUUAGGCAACAACGAAUCUUUUGAACCAUACACAAGUAACAUCUACUCGAGGCGGGUCCUCUCCGGAGAAUUCCAGGUUGUUAAUCAUCACUUAUUGCGAGAUCUUGUAGAACGUGGCUUAUGGAGUGAUGAUAUGAAAAACGAGCUCAUUGUCAACAAUGGAUCUGUGCAGAAUAUCAAAGAAAUUCCAGAUGAUUUAAAGGCUUUGUACAAAACUGUAUGGGAAAUUUCCCAAAAAACUAUUUUGAAGAUGGCUGCUGAUAGAGGUGCUUUCAUAGAUCAAUCUCAAUCUUUGAAUGUCCAUAUUGCAGAACCAAACUACGCCAAAUUAUCGUCAAUGCACUUCCAUGCAUGGAAUUUGGGUUUGAAAACAGGAAUGUACUAUUUGCGGACAAAGCCAGCCGCACAAGCAAUCCAGUUCACUGUCGACAAAACUAAACUACGAAAAACAGUCAAAACAGAACAGAACGGUGUUCAAAACGGAGUCCAGAAUGGUGUGGAAAAUGGAACUCAUGAGAACGGAACAGCAGAGGAAGAACAACGUGCUUAUAACAUGAGUGCAAUGGUCUGUUCACUGCAAAAUAAGGACGAUUGUUUAAUGUGCGGAUCCUAAAUCACUCACCCUCUUCUGUAAUAUUGAGGACCAAUUUACACUUCUUAUCAACGCUUAAAUUAUUCAGCGAUUUUCUUAAAUUUUAACCAUUGUUUUAAGAUUUUAACAAUUAUUUAUGAUUUUAAUUCCUUAUCUUACUUUUAAAUUCAGUUUAGGUACAUGUAAAUAAUCAUAGAAUGGAAACUGUAAGAUUUCAAAGAUUUUCCCAGCAGCACCACCUUAUUGAACCAUGAUGACAAAACCUCCUGCGAGAUGAUCAAAUCAAGCUAUCAAAUGUAACAGGAUUUAGCAGGGCUGGCAACUGCCAACUCUGACAACUUUUCUUUUGCACCCCAAUCAGAACUAAUCUAAUUCCAGCAGGUAGCUCGAAUAUGAUAGAAUAGAGUGUGUGAUUGGCUGUAGAUGAGUGACAGGAGUGGAGUGCUUUGUGUAAAAAAGUUGUAUCUCCCCAAUAAUUUUUGAUCUUGUCAAUUUGAUGACCUGAUUUGAUCGUCUAAUAAGAGCCUAUGUUAUCUCUAAUUAGUAUUCAGUCCUCACAAACAGCUAUAUUUAGGUUUAAAGUUUUUUUAUCGUUGAAUUUUCCUCAGUUGCCUGUGAUUUAGCAGGUAAGAAGAUUAGUUGCAUGGUGUUUCCUUUUUUUAUUGUAUUUAUUAAAAAAUGUCUGCACGUUUAUAUCCCCAUCUUUCAGAUCUCAGUCUAGAAACUUUGUCUGCAGAUUAAACUCGUGAUGUGUCGUGGCUAAAUCUGAUAUUCGAUUAAGCUUUGAUUUCAAAACGUUUCGAUUAUUAUAGUAUUACUUUCAACUUUACGUCUGUAGGAAACACGCUCCCAGUGACCCUAUUUUUAUUUUCCAUCAGCCAAAAUUGCCCGCCUGUUGGUUUGCGCUGGUUAUAUUUUAAGACUUUUGAAACCGUAUGUAUUUUAUCAGAUUUUAAUGAUGUAAUGAAAUGCGCAAAGUGUACAUAAUUAUAUUUUUUAUCUGAUUCAGAAAAUUUUACUCGAUGAUACUGUCAUUAUUGCUCAGGAAAUUUAUUUUGGAAACUGUCUUUUGGGUAAAGCACUCUCAUGUACUCAAUUAUUUUAUUAGGUAGCACUCUCUCCUUCUUAGUAUUUAACUUUCUCCUGUCCUGUAUUAUGUCUUUCAUUGGUUUUAAAGUUCUAUUGGGUCAAGUUUUUUACAUUUUGGUCAUAAUUUUUUUUUCUUUUUGGCCCCCAAAAUUGUAUAGCAAUAUGAAUUAAUGUCAUGUACCAAACAAAACCAUACUGCUUCUUUCUGCUGUAAGAAGCUUGAAUGCCUGGAAUGGUCUAAAUUUCUGCAUCGACCAUUUACUGAAACACAUUUAUAUUCUCUCAAUAAUUAAUAACUGGUUUUUAUUCCAGCAAAUUUUUAAUAUAUUGAUCUUUGAAGAUAUUUUAUAUCACUGAUAGAAAUUUAAUAAGUAAUUUUCUUCUGAAGUCAUGAAUCAGAACAUUUGGUUCAUUUUUAUGUAAGAUGUGGUAAACUUUAUUUUUAUUCAAAAUGAGAAAAGCGGUGCCUUUAUUACCUAAGUGAGAAAAAACAAAUUACCAAGAAUGUAGAUAAUUAAGUUAAAAAGCAGUGUGUAUUGUAAUUACGAAAGUUACGUUUUUGGCCGUUGUAAUGCCUUUAAAAUUUGACUUGAAGUUUUAAGUAACCGAUGUUGAAGGAUGUUCACCAAUGUGUGUGCAUGUGUAAAAAUAAUUCAAGUGGAUAAAAUGUUCUCCGAGAGUAAAUGGAGACUCUGUCAAACAUGGAGCUGUGCAUGUCCUCGCUACCUUUAUUAUUAAAGAAGCAAUCUGUAAAU